AUGUUUGGGACACAAUAUACGUCAUCGAGUGGAACUCAAUCACAACCUUCCACAAAUGUUAGUACAAAUAGGUUCGCAAACGUCUCAAUAUUAUCUCAUGAUCCAGUGACAAAUAGGCAACUACCCUAUCAGUAUCAAAGUCAACAGCUGCAGCAGGGGCAAGGACAACAACUUCCACAGCAGGGGCAACAACAACAAACACUACAGCAACAGCAACAGGCUCAACACUCGUCAUAUACAUCAAAUUUUGCGCAGAACUCUAAUACUCCGACUUGGUAUAAUAAUCCAAAGAAAAGAGUCAUCCCACAAAAUAUUGUCAAAAGGUCUACUAGAGGAACAUCUUCGUCUUCUCCGCUGAGAAGUGAAUCUUCUGAUAACUCCAUUAGAAGUAAGCGUUCAAUCAAUUUCGCAAAUAGCAAUACAAUAAAUAAAAGCACAAACGUUUCUAACUAUAAUUCAGGUUUUAAUACCAUUUCAUUUGGCUCGAAAAAAGGUGCCUCAACUCAUAAUACCAAUGAUCAAGAUUUAAGUUUGCUUUUAUCUGAUUCAAAUGAAGCCCCUCCAAUGGUUUCGAUCCAUGACUGGAAAGAAGAUGAAUAUGGAUCAUUACCAAUUUUACCAUCACAAUCUGCUUCCGGACAAAUAUUUUCAUCUGACGCUGCUGAGAACAUACCAAAUACUUCAAUGAUCGGAAGUAAUAACAAUACAUCUAUUUUCCCAGUAUCUACACCUCUAUCAGUUAAUAACUCACGAAUGUUUACAAACGCUUUCGAUAAAGAAAAUGCAUUAUCGACUGCUAAUACGAACAUCUUCGCUUCAUCAUCUGCCGCAGCUGGUGAUGUGAAAGCUGAAUCUAACGGAUUAGAAACUAGUAGAAGACAAGAUAUUGCUCGAAAUGAUAUUGCAGCAAUCAUAGUUUUUGGUUAUCCAGAAUCAAUAUCAAAUUCAAUUAUUACUCAUUUUGCACAUUUUGGUACCAUUUUGGAAGAUUUUGACGUACUAAGGUCCAUAUCAGGUAUUAACUUAUCAACAUUGAGAAAUCGUUCUAAAGAUUCAAAAUACGUUAAGAAAUAUCCAAUUUUCACUGGUGAUGGAUGGGUUAAGUUAACUUACGAAAACUCUUCAUCUGCAUCGCGUGCUUUACAAGAAAAUGGAACUGUAUUCUCAGGUUCAUUAAUUGGUUGUAUACCUUACACAAAAGCUGCUGUUGAACAAUUAGCUUCUUGUAAGAUUAGUAAUGUCGAUGACAUUGGAGAAAACAAUAUUAUUUCAGAUUCUAACAUUAUAAAUAAGGAAACAAACUUAACUAGUAACAACAAUUACGCAGUGAAUGUAGAUAAUAUUAAUAAUACAAGUUUCCUUGCAACAACACCUUUAGUAUCAUCAUUCCAACCAUCCACUCCAUUCAAACAAUCGUUCGACAAAAGUACUGUAGAACCUUCAGUGGAAGGUGUCGAUAAAGAAAAUUUUCAUACUAAUAAACCAAACAUCAUACCUUUAACCAACCAAUCUUCUCCCUUAAGACCAACAGCACAGAACGCUUCUCAAAAUCCUCAUCGCUUAAACAUCAAAGAUGGGAAAUCCUUAUUUUUGCAUAAUACGGACACAAAUAGAACAACGUUUUUCCAAAGAUUGGAAUCAAAUAUGCGUGAAGAUGAAAGUAAACUCUCUCAAAUGAACUAUCAAAAUAAUCCUAAUAAGAAGAAUAAUAAUAAUGAUAAUAAGGGAAUUAAACAAUCAAUAACACAUAGCUUUAAUAAUUGGUUGUUUGGUUGGAAUGAUCUAUAA